CUGAUAGUCACCUGUCUGUUUCAGAGAACAGCCCCAGCCAAGGUGGGAAGGAGGCGGGGACUCGACAGCCUUUGGUGAUUCUCUUGGGCUGGGGUGGCUGCACAGACAAGAACCUUGCCAAGUACAGCGCCAUCUACCACAAAAGGGGCUGCAUUGUGAUCCGAUACACAGCCCCAUGGCACAUGGUCUUCUUCUCCGAGUCCCUGGGCAUCCCUUCACUUCGUGUUUUGGCCCAGAAGCUACUUGAGCUCCUCUUUGAUUACGAGAUUGAGAAGGAGCCUCUACUCUUCCACGUCUUCAGCAACGCCGGGGUCAUGCUGUACCGAUACGUGCUGGAGCUCCUGCAGACCCAUCGGCGCUUCUGCCACCUGCGUGUGGUGGGCACCAUCUUUGACAGCGGUCCUGGUGAUAGCAACCUGGUGGGGGCCCUGCGGGCCCUGGCAGCCAUCCUGGAGCACCGGCCUGCUGCGCUGCGCCUGCUGCUCCUGGUGGCCUUUGCCCUGGUGGCAGGCCUGUUCCAUGUCCUGCUCGCUCCACUCACUGCCCUCUUCCAUACCCACUUCUAUGACAGGCUACUCGAUGCAGCCUCUCGCUGGCCCGAGCUGUACCUGUACUCAAGGGCUGAUGAAGUGGUCCUAGCCAGGGAUGUGGAACGCAUGGUGGAGGCACGCCUGGCACACCGGGUCCUGGUGCGCUCUGUGGACUUUGUGUCAUCUGCUCAUGUCAGCCACCUCCGUGACUACCCUACUUACUACACGAGCCUCUGUGUCAACUUCAUGCGCAGCUGUGUCCACUGCUGAAGUCCUUGCCCCACCCACCUCACCUCUGCACCAGAAAUAAAUGCCUGACACCCCCUCACAACCUGUAUCCAUGGAUGAGGUCCUCUUCUGGUUCAACUCCCGUCAGCCCUUUGGGAUGUCAUGGUCUCCCAAGUAGAGAAUUCCUUUGGGCCCCUGCCCUGGGAGACAGGUGGUCUGCUUACCCCAGGAUCCUAGGCAGGGGCGGUAGUGCCUGGCAGUGUUGUACUUGGAGAAGUGGAGCAGUCAGGAUGCUGAUUCUUGUGGCAUUUGGGCUGUUAGGAUUAACCAAGCGGAGGGUGGUGGUGGGGGGGGUGGAUAAUGAGCCCCAGGGUUACUCUCUGAUUUCUUGAAUGGAAAGUGAGUUUUGUGAGGAGGUGCCAGAGGGUAGGAUUAGGCUGGGGCAGGGACUGUGAUCUCUUUUCCAAGGCCCCAGAAAGGCAAAGUCCCACAGCAUGAAGCACCAUUUCUAUGGACCUCACUUGGCAGUUCAUGCAGACUUCUCUGCCCUCACUGCCAGGGAGUCGGAGGUAGAAGCCAGAUGGAGAGGUGAGGAGGCAGCGGUGGCCGGACUGCCCAGGUCCACCACACUUUUCCAGGAAGCCACUGGGUCCAGGAAAGUUGCAAUGUGUGUGUGUAACGGGCAGAUGGAGUGGGGAGCAGAGAGAAGACAGCAGCACCAUAUGGGAGCUGGGGCAGGUGAAGUCAGGAACCCUGAAGACCAGACCCAGGGCAAGGGCCAUUUGGCUGAAAUAACAAACUCCCUCAUCUCCUUGAGGGCGUCCCACUUGGAUUCUCUCUGGGCAGGAGUGGUGCCUUUAGUCUUAGAGUUCUGUAUCACCUAUCAUGUUACAAGUCACUGCUGCACAAUGCUGGUACAUAGUAGGUAUUCAAUAAAUGUUUGUUGAUUGAA